AUGAAGGAAUUGUAUAGGCCUACGGAUGUUCCAAAGACUAUGUAAAACCAUACUAUUUAAUUGACUAAAAUAAGUAAAAACAUCCGUUUUAGUUUGUCAACAGAGGCAGAUAUCCAACAGCUUGCCAAUGUACAAAUUCUGAAAUGUCUUCUUUACAAGGAGGACCAGGGAGGUCGGAAAGCACUGGAAUACGGCUUGCUUGAUCCUAGACUCGGCGCUUCUAAGCGAAACGAACUGUGCGAAACCUGCGGUCUUGAUUAUCAAGCUUGCAUCGGCCAUUGGGGUUACUUUGAUCUCCCCGCGCCUGUUUACCAUGUGGGCUAUCUGUGGCAUAUAGUGAAAAUUCUUCAAUGCAUCUGCAAAGUAAAUUCUCCUAAUUUUGCCUAUCAUUUAGACUUGCUCCCGCGUCCUUAUCCCUGA